GCUCUCAAUUGGGCUUUGAUCAGCGAAGAUGGAUCACGUCCGGUCCCUUUACCGGGUGAAAAGAUUUUCUUUUCGGUAGAAAAGUGUAGUUUAUCGUUGGAUUUCAAGCAUCAAGGUGUAAAAUGGAGCGCAAACGGGAAUGCAUAUGUAACGUCUAAGCGAAUCUUGUUCUUACGUCAACCACCUUUACCUGCACCGGCAGAUCCAUCAGUUGCAUCAACACAUUUACGAUCACUUUCUAUUCCUUUAGCACAAUUCGUCGAUACGCGUUAUUUGAUCCCAGUCUUUACCGCUCCUUAUUUUGAAGCUUCGGUCAUCCCAAGCCCUGAUGGCGGUCUGCCACAAAGAGUGUCUGGAAGUGGCUCAUCUUCCAACAACACUGGAUUGUUCAAGCUGUGGUUCAAUGAAGGCGGGGGUAUGGCAUUCCGAGAUGCGGUAGAAGAAGUGAAGAGUAGAUUGGAAGAAGGAUCGACGCAUAUCGAAGCAUUGCCGUUGUAUGAACCGCCCGAAGAAAGUCAAUCUGCUUCUAAUUCUAACCCGCCU